AUGCGAGAAAGCGACUCAUUCAAAGUCAUUAGCAUCCAGCACUUCUUCGAUGAAGAGUCUCUGCACCAAGACCAGCAGAUCAUUGAUGUCAUGGCGUUGUCCUAUCCCGGCCCACAUCUUUUCAUACUGACAGUUGACCCAGAAGACACCCGAGAGGAGAAAGUCAUCGCACAGAUCAGUAAACUUCAAGUCGCCUUUGGAGAAAAUAUCAGGACACACCUUAUUGUCAUGCUUCCAGACAGCCAAACCUACAAUUCACUCAGUCAUCUGAAAAAUGUUGACAUCCAGUUGCUAAUUUUCACAAGAUAUCUGGCCAGAGACUGUGUGAGAUGGUGUGAGGGGCAUCAUUCAUUUAUUUAUGACUACAAGAACUACAGUCAGGAGGUCGUGAUUAGAAGAAAAGCAGCACUGGAGAAAAGGAGGUAAACACAACCGUAUUACACAACCCAGGAAAUUCAUAUGACUUAUCUUACUGUUGGGAUAGUUAGCUUUUCAUUAAGGGUUUGAGAUUGUCCUAAAGCAUGAUGAACCCACCUCUAUAGCAUUUCAUGGUUAACAAUCAUUAUGUUGUAACUCUUUUAGAAGCGAGGAUCAUCUGCACCAAGUAAAAGCAGGUAAGUCUAGUUUUGAAUACUUUGCAUUGUUGCAGUGCUGCGGUGUCAUUUGGCAGGUGCUUUUGUCCAAAGCAAUGAACAUUUGAGAGUUACAAGCAAAGGUCUAGACAGAAUCAAACAUAAGUAAGUGCUACAAACUGAAUGUUAUGCUAAAAGGAAAAACAAAGUUAUUGCAUCUCACUGAAGAGCUCAUUAUGUCUGUUACAUAAUGUGGGGGCACCAAUGGCCAAGCAGUCUGAGCAUGUAUAGAGGCUAUAGUCCUUAUUAUAGCAGUUAAGGUAUCCCAGCCUAAACCCUUUACUGCAUGUCUUUCAACACUCUCUACUCCCCACAUUUCCUGUCUCCUUACAGCUGUUCUACCUAUUGAAGACCAAGUUACCAAAAAUAUAACUUAAAUAAGAGAACAGUGCAGCAAGAGAGUAAAAACAUCAUAUCAGGUGAUCUUGUAUGAGGAUCAGGCAGAUAAAACCGGAAGGCUAUUUUGAGGACACUAAAUUCAAAAAGUAGGAAGAAAGUGGUCUGAUUCCCAUAAUAACCAAAACCCUCACAUUUCCUCACAAUGUUUUGAAAUGACACAUGGCAUACUACAAAAAAUACUUUUAAAUGAUUUAAAGAGAAUUCAUGACUGUAAUGAUGUUAUUGUAUCUAUUCAGACAACACGCAGCCCAUGAGUGAGGUAUACGAAACCCUUCUGGCCCCUGGGAGAGCAACACCUGAACAACACAAUGGUAUGCCAUCUAUAAAUUAAAUGUCAAAGACUAUCAUUAACAGUAAUCUGUACCCUAGUUUACUGAAAACAUGAACACUUGAAAAACGAUGUCAUCUAGGUAACGGUGGCCAUGAAGUUCCCGACAACUUAUUAAACAUCAUUCUGCUGGGUCGUACCGGAACUGGAAAGAGUGCAUCUGCGAACACCAUCCUCGCCGCAGGGACCACCCCGCUGAGUUCAUGUCUGCUUUUUAAAUCUGAGAUAGCCUCCCUGCCAGUCACCACCCGAUGCGAGGCCAAAAUUAUCGGGUUAUUUGGGGUGCAGGUGAGGGUGAUCGACACUCCAGACUUCUUCCAUGACCGAUUACAAAACUGCCAAGCCCACAUAGAAGUGUGUAGGAGGUACUGUCAGCCUGGGCGCUGUGUGGUGUUACUUGUGUUACAGCUCGGCCGGUUCACCAAGGAAGAGGAGGAAAUGUUAGAGAAGCUGGAGAGCAAACUUGGCUGGAAGAUCAGAGAAUACACAACCAUCCUACUGACCCAUGGAGAAAACCUGAAAGGAAGUCUAAAGCAGUAUAUUCAAGCAUGUGCUCCUCUCCAGAACAUUGUUGGCAUGUGCGGCAAUCGACAUCAUCUAUUUAGCAACCCCAGCAAAGACAAAAACCAAGUCAAAAAGCUCAUGAAGAAAAUUCACCAGCAGUGGAAAGUCUUUCCGAAGUUUGACAACCAACAGCAAGAGGAGUGUGUAAUAUGUUAG